ACUCACGAGUAUGAGUGAUUUCCAGUUGGUAGAAUUUGUACGUGCGGUGUGUGGUAAGUUCGCCGACGGCGUCCGUUCUGGCGACGAGACUGGAAUAGUGGACGGAGAAGAAGUGGAGUCAACGAGAGCGGGCUACAGCCUUGUCGUAUUUAGCGAGCAGCUUAGUAAGAAACAACGUAAGAAAGCCUCCCUGCGGAGGAGGAGGAGGAGAAGGAGUCCACGUUUACGUUCUCGACGUCGCGUCCCAGAGGACCUCGACGGAUUUCGUUUCGCGCGAAUACCGCUCGGACCGCCUCUCGCAGCUCAGCUGCGCGAGCCCUUCCCUAGCUGCUGCGAGGCGCGACACGGCGCCCGCGUACGCUCCCGGCCACAACGCUAACGCAGACAUUGCGGAGGCGAAGAGGUUAAGGGGACGGCACGAACGGGAGGACGCGCCGUCCAUCACCAUGAAGCUGGUCGACCACGUGGUGCGGAGCUUCAAGGUGGCCAAAAUAUUCCGCGAGAACUCGGAUCGGAUAAACAGCAUCGACUUCUCGCCGAACGGCGACACUCUGAUCUCGUGCUCGGAGGAUGAUCAGAUCGUGAUCUAUGACUGCGAGAAAGGCACGCAGGUGCGGACGGUGAACUCGAAGAAGUACGGGGUCGACCUCAUACACUUUACUCACGCGAAGAACACCGCGAUACACAGCAGCACCAAGAUCGAUGACACUAUUCGAUACCUCAGUCUACAUGACAACAAGUACAUACGAUAUUUUCCUGGUCACACUAAGAAGGUAGUAUCGUUAUGCAUUAGCCCAAUCGAAGAUACUUUUCUCUCGGGUUCUUUAGACAAGUCUCUCAGACUAUGGGAUUUGCGUUCGCCGAAUUGUCACGGGGUCAUGAACGUCUCAGGGCGACCAGUCGCAGCAUACGAUCCCGAAGGUUUGAUUUUUGCAGCAGGCGUCAAUUCAGAGAGCAUCAAACUCUACGACCUGCGCAGCUUUGACAAAGGGCCCUUUGUUACCUUCAAGGUCUCGCAAGAGAAGGAAUGCGAUUGGACAGGACUCAAGUUUAGCAGGGAUGGCAAAACCAUCUUGAUUUCUACUAAUGGUAGUACAAUUCGUUUGAUUGACGCUUUUCACGGUACACCUUUACAGACUUUUGCGGGAUACUUGAACAACAAGGGCAUUGCCAUCGAGGCUAGUUUCAGUCCAGAUUCGCAAUUCGUGUUCAGUGGAUCUACAGAUGGUAGGGUACACGUGUGGAACGCGGAAAGCGGUUACAAAGUUUGCGUACUGAAUGGUGAUCAUCCAGCACCGGUGCAGUGUAUCCAGUUCAACCCUAAAUAUAUGAUGCUGGCAUCAGCAUGUACCAAUAUGGCUUUUUGGCUGCCUACCAUUGAGGAAAGUGCAUAAGACUAAUUUAUAAACAAACUUAAAAAACAACAAUUGUCUGCUGGAUUAUAAUUCACACAGGAGAUAUAUAUCUAUAUAUAUAUACAUAUAUGUAUAUAUAUGUAUAGAGAGAGGAGGGGACUUGUAAGAGGAAUGACAAAACGCAGAAUAACAGCUGAUUGAUGAAAAUAGAGAAAGAGAGGGAGGGAGGCAGGAAGAGAAAGAGAGAAGAAGUAAUGAUGUUACUUCGGUCAAGCGAAUAUUGCAUUUACAUUUAUGUACAAAAAUGAAAGCCGUCGUAUGACACGCCGGUUCCGGGACGGAUCAGUUUGGGGUGGUGGACAAAUUGAGUAGGCCAAUUCAACAACUUGAUCCUCCUCGCUCGUUCACGCUUCAGAAGGAUCCGUAGGGAAGAUGUCAUAUAUCCUUUUCAUCUGUAUCAUCAUCGUCUUCGUACCUAACGAUACACCUUGUCAUACCUCGCGAGGAUAGCGACGUAGGGCAACGUUCGCUGAAAGAAAAUGAAAAGAAAUAUCCACGUCUCAUACUAAACAUCGGUAAACGUCGUUUCGAGUGUGUCUCGUGUACAUAGUUCUAUUCCUGUGUACCUGUGUGUGUGUGUGUGUAGCGUUUAACGAUACGAAGAAUGUGAAGUCUACUACUAUUACCAUUAUUACACUACUAUUACUAUCAUCACCACCACCACCACUACUACUACUAUUACUAUUAUUACUAUUACUACUACUAUUACUACUACUACUACUGCUACUACUAAUACAUCGGAUGAGCACACAUCUGUCCUAGCAGACAGUUCUUUCCAUUAGAUUUUCACGCGUAUCGUCCAUGCGUUCUGGGCAAUCGAGAUCACCUCGCCCGAUUGGAUACGAGAAGCUCACCGCGUAGAGUGAAUCUCUCGUAUUAGAUUUGUUGCCCGAAAACUACGACUGCGGCGGUAAACGUUAUACCGGGGAUAACGCCGCCUUCCGGGAGAUCUCCGUAUUUAUACGAGAAAAUUGUACGUAUCGCGAGAUUAGCGUAAAACAAUUUUUCAAACGGUUGAAGGGACAUGAUCUAGCGUAUAGCGCAACGAUGUCUUUGCAUACAUGUACUAAUUACUUUAUCCUCUCGUGCGUCAAGCGCUGUAUCGUAAGAAGACGAAUUUUUGCAUUGAUGAAAUCAGAUUGUUGACCGUUUCGACGAUUCGUCCUCGCGACGAAUCGAUAUACACAGAUCUCGAUGUGAUCGCGGUAACUUUUCUAUUCCGCAGUUCGAGAUGACUGCGAGAACACCUGUUGUCGUUCUGACCGGAGCGUCUAACGCUUUAUACUUUUUUACAGCUGGUCUCGCGCGUCUAGGGCAAGUCAUUAAGAUGUUAAAUGCGAAACAUAAAGCCACACGUGUACGAAUGAGUCUCGGAUAGUCUAUGGGAUUCGAGUCUCGUUAACACCUUUGGAAAUAUGUAGCGUUAAGUACUUGACCACAGUACCAUUAUGAUUAACCCGAUGUAUCGCAUGGCCGCAUGCAGGAAAGAAUCCUAAGCUGAUCAGAACCGCGAAGAAAUCAGAAUCAAGCGGAUCAGGAUGAAAUUGAAAUUCGUCGGUAAUUACCCUUUGACUAUGACGUCGGUGAUUUUGUUCGUUAUGACGUAAGUAACGCAGAAAUUUGAUCGUAAACUCUUUAGUCACCGGUCUUUGAUAUUUACUCUCACCGUGCGUUCUACGCUCGUGAUACCAAAUGUGAUACGCAAGACGAUACACGUUCAUUGUAAAUAAAAACGAAACGAAGGAUCCAUCAGUCUCAAAUAUGUAGAUUAUAAAAUAUAAUCUUUUGCAGUUCGCGUGUAAAAGAUUGGAGAAGAGCACUCGGUAACGCCUCCGAGGAUCACCCUCCUUGCUCCUGCAUGCGGUCAUGCAACGUCGUGCAUAUUGACUGUCAGCAGUCUAAAUACGCCCCGUAUACACAUAAAUACACGCGACAUAUAAAGCGACGUGUACAUAGCAGAUACCGGCCAAAAGCGUUUUGUAAACCGAUAACGAAUUUCCAACAUCGAUAUAAUCUCGAAGAGGUCGAAGCUCGAAGGAAGCAGCCGUGAUUAUGCAUGGAUAUUUUCACUGGCAGCAGAACUUGCGACGAUCAUCUCGAGGAAGAUCAGAGGUGCUUCUCCGCGACAUCCUCGACUCAGAUGACUGUGACAAUCGUGCUAUACCGUCGCUAUCAUCGAAGAUUCAUCAGAUACGUAUCCCCUCGACGUAAGGAAAAUAUCGCGUAUUUCUGCUAGUGCUGUCAAUAUCAUACCUGUAUUCCUGUACCCGGUUACCCAGGUGUACAUUCAUAGAUACCACUCGGUUACCUGCAUAACCAGAAAUUAGCAAAUAGUUGACGCAUUCGUUUGUUAUUUGUUACCGUUAAAAUAAUUCAUAAUUUGUAACGUUUGAGGUAAAACAUUUACCCGUGUAUUCGAGCGAUAUCCGAAAGAUUCGGGUACUCUGGAAAUUGACAGCGCUAGUUUCCAUCGCACCGCGUCGAGAGUAUCAAGGCUGCGACUCGCAUUGUGCGAUGCACAUUGCGAUCGUUGGCGACGGACUCUCCCAUGACUUUACUACGAUACAAAGAGACACACGAUAUCGUUUUUAUCGAGUAUAUACGCGUAGAACCAAACCGGCAGGCCGGCCGAGAAGACACGAUUCGAUGUUCGUAGGAAGAACGGUCUCUAUAGAGGUGUUAUAUAAUUGUAUCUCUCACGAUAGUACAGUAAUGUUAAUCGACGACGUUUAUGUCUAGUUCGGCGACGUAGUAUUCCGUCUCUCCGCUAAACGCCGAGUAUACCACGGCGCGGGCGAAUAGACGAGCGUCAUCAGCGUCACCGUCACUCGAAUUUUGUUUUACUUGAAAAAAAAAAUGCGUAAAAAAAGAGCAAUUCACCAAGCACUAGGCAUCAUCAUCUGUCGGUCUGGAGCUCGCGAAUCCGCCGGUCGUGAUGUUAACACAGCGACCAUCGCUCUGUCUAUUCGAACGCUCGCUCCCUGUCCCUCCAUCCUUUCGUGCAUGUACAUAUACGAUAGUAUCUAUUAUUUCCUGUAGAGUUUCUAGACUUCUCCCCGUAAACAUAUUUCGUAAGAGCGCGCGCGUGGUCAAUGAUAUUUUAUUCGAACGGUAUGCGUGCGUGCGUGCGUGAAUGAAUAUGCGACUCACCGCGCAACGGCGAUGACAGUGUGAUUCCACGAAUGACUGUUAAAACAUGUAUGUUUGUAUGCACGUAUCUCAUGUGUCUAUUCCACGUACGUGCGCACGUGUGUGUGUGUGUGUGUAUGUAUGUGUGAGAGAGAGAGAGAAUGAGUGAAAGCGUGAACUGUACGAGCUUGUCUCACCUGCGCUGUAAAAUAGUAUUUUUUAUAACGGCGACACAGUGUACGUAGAAACGGGGGAAAAAUCGACAUAUAUGUGUAUUCGAACUCGAGCGCUCGGGAUGAAUUUCGCAGUGCGUGUUUGCGCGCUCCAGGAGGAGACAACGCCGACGGAUAAUCGGUCGGUCAUACGAGAGGAAUAUCACGCCGAGGACCUCGACCCUUUCGGCUGCUCGUGUAGCUUCCCGACCAAUGGAACUUUCAAGCCCCACUGUGUUCAGGCUACGAGUGCUGCCUCUCGAAUUCAAUAUCUUCAAUCUCUCUCUCUUUCACGUGGCGUGAUUGCGCCGAGAAAUUAUGUCUCCUUGUAACGAACGACCACCUUCGUCCGUCUUCAUUUCCGGAAAGCGCGCACGAGCGCGUGAGCUCGGAGUGACCAAAUGCUUAUUAUGUAAUCGCUGUUUUAAUUUACAAGGUGAAGUGCGCGUGCGUUUCGUAACCACGCGAUUUGAGUCUCGUCGCGCGAGGCCUUGAGCGUCGAAGUUAAGAAUUCACCGCCGCGCGUAUAAUUGUGCGGCUCUCAUUGUUAUUCGCUGCGGCACGACCGCUUCGACGAGCGGCGAUCGAUUUAGCUCACAUUAAACAUUACACCGGACGAGUUCCGUCGUUCGACGACGCGUUGUUAUUGUCAUUCGCCGUCGUUGUUAUUUUUCUCACCUCGCACACUCUUUCACGUGGUCGUUGCGCCGCGAAAGGGUCGAAGGGCGAGGUCGAACCAUCUCGAGCGACUACGAGCGAUCUGAUAUUUAGAUUAAAACAUCUGUGACACGUGUUAUACUGCCAGCCAAACGAAAAAGCGAGCGAGGAAAACAAAAAAAAAAGAAAAAAAUACGAAACACUGUGUUCCCUUAUCCCAGGAUAAGUUAAUAGAGACAUGCGUAUAAUGAUUAAAAUUGUAUAUAUCCCGACGAGUCGCGGUCGACGGUACAUGUUUUAAAACUACCCAACGGGACUAGGACUUCCGCGAACAGAAAUAUGAAAAUAGGCGAUUAUAAUUAUUAUUAUUAUUAUUACUAUACUUAUCGAACGAUCGCCCGAACGUUCUUUCAUCGUAUCAAAGGGAAAUAAAAAAGUAGGAAACACCGGUGGGGUCGGCCAGAGACGUAAAGGCGCCUUGGAUCUCGCGUUACGAGUCAUGACGAAAACCUUUUUGUACACGAAGAAUCCGUGACAGAUUUGUACAUACGUCGAAGUCAACCUUGUUCUCGCAUGUCACGCAUUAUGUGCUCUGAUGAUAGGUCGUUCUUUUCUAUCGUAUAUAAAUUCGCGACCGAUCUCAGAGAUAUUCGACGAUUCGUGACUCGUGGCGAGAAUCGUACCACGUGGAAACGCGCACGUUCGUGCAA